ACACUCUACCCUAUACCCCUACAGCACCGACAUGGAUGCUGAGCCAAGUGGCCAGUGGCGAUUCGCCCAAUGCUUUGGCGACAAGGGCGAGGUGGAAGAUAUCACAGAGGCCGACAUCAUAUCAACAGUCGAGUUUGAUCACACUGGUGACUAUCUAGCAACAGGGGACAAGGGUGGUCGCGUGGUGCUUUUCGAGAGAAACGAACAGAAACGAGGUUGCGAAUACAAAUUUUACACAGAGUUUCAAUCGCACGAGCCAGAGUUUGACUAUCUGAAAUCUCUAGAAAUCGAGGAGAAGAUAAAUCGGAUCAAAUGGUGCAAGAGAUCUAAUGCUGCUCAUUUCUUGCUCAGCACAAACGACAAAACCAUCAAGUUGUGGAAGGUUUUCGACAAGCAAAUCAAAGUCGUGGCCGAGAACAAUCAUUCCGAUGGUGCAGUUCCAGGAGGGCAACAACCCUUACGGCUGCCGAAAAUGACUACUCACGACUCCAUAACGGCCGCUGUACCACGCAAGGUGUAUGCAAACGCCCACGCCUACCACAUCAACUCUAUCUCUGUCAACUCGGACGACGAAACGUACAUAUCUGCAGAUGAUCUGAGGGUCAAUUUAUGGAACUUGAAUAUCAGCGAUCAAAGCUUCAACAUUGUCGAUAUCAAACCCGUUAACAUGGAAGAGCUCACGGAAGUUAUCACCGCCGCAGAAUUUCAUCCCAUCCAUUGUAAUCUAUUCAUGUACUCGAGCUCAAAGGGUACGAUCAAACUCGCCGACAUGAGAGAAUCAGCCCUGUGCGAUCAACAUGCCAAACUGUUCGAGGAGGAGGAAGACCCCUCGACAAAAUCCUUCUUUUCAGAAAUCAUUUCCUCCAUCUCCGACGUCAAAUUUUCUAGGGACGGCCGAUACAUCUUAUCCCGAGACUACUUGACCUUGAAGGUCUGGGACAUUGCCAUGGAGAACAAACCGGUCAAGACGAUCCAGAUACAUGAGCACUUGAAGCAAAAAUUGUGCGACUUGUACGAAAACGAUUGUAUAUUUGACAAGUUUGAAUGCACAUUCAGUGGCGACAGCAGUAGUGUCCUGACAGGGUCCUAUCACAAUUACUUCCGGAUAUAUGAUGUCAACACCGACGCCGACACCGUGCUUCAGGCGGACAAAUCGGCCUUUAAGGCGAAAAAGGUCAGCGGUGCUCGGGGCAAAACCCCAGUGCCAGCUAAGGGAGUCAUGCAAACGGAUCAGAUUGACUUUGGCAAGAAGAUAUUACACGCCAGCUGGCAUCCACGGGAAAACACGAUCGCAAUCGCGGCCACCAACAACCUCUUCCUGUACUCUACACUCUCAUAAUCACAUCCGGGCGAUGCUCUAGCAUCCAGCCCUGACGACUCUGAUAUACAAUGUUUCCGAAUAGAUACCCUGUCCGACCUCUGAUCUCUUACCAGCAAGCUCUGCAUCGCCCUCGCGCCCGAUGUAUGAAACCAAGUCUUCUUUCUAUUUUGCAAUACCUGUGGGGGAGAGAGAGAAGGAAUGAAAAGAAAUGGCAUAUCACACUAGACUAUUGACUGUGAACUGUGACGGAUGGACAUGUGGACGAUGAUGAUGACGACGAUGGUUUGGGAAGAUGAUAGGUGUAGAAGUAAGAAAAGAAAGAAGGAAUGCAAGUUAGCAGAGUGCAUUUAAUAAGACUUUUUACUUCGUCGCAAAUACAAAGAUGCAUCGACGUAAACAAAGAC